GCCUCCCCGCCGCGGCUGCGGGAGCGGAGGGGGAGCGGGGCUGCCGCCCGCCGGGGAAGGCCGCGGCUGAGGAGACACCUGGGUUUCCCUGGCAACAGAAUGGCGAUAUCAGUCAUCCAAUGCUGUAGCAGCACUCUGAUCUGCAAGACUGAGAGAUUUUGAAAAGCAUCUCAUCUAGAAAUCAGACCUUUUGCAUAAAGGCUUUCAGAUGACACUUCAUCCUACAGCUGUGUCUUCAGGAAGGAGCUUCUGCAUGGGAAUGAAGAGCAUCUAUGCUGCAGUAUGUGAUUCAUCAGAUACGCUCUUCUGCAUUUUUCCAAUAUCUAUCUCCUUCAACGUUUCUAGGCGGUAUCAUCAGGCUCCUUAGUGCAUUGCCUCAGGAAACAUCUGUUUUGGGCACAUUUGCCUCCUGAUCCCUGGCAAAGAGGGGAAUCGUUUUGGCAUCCAGCAAACGCCACCUCAUUUGUCACCGUGCUGCCUGUGCUGACCCCCACGGCUCCUCCUGCCUCACCCUCUCUGACCUCCUGCUCUUUAUACAUUUGUAAAGAAGGGGAUUUGUCUUCACAGCUCUUGCAGUUCUCUUUAUUUUUUAUGUUUAUUUUUGAGAUCGGGCCAUCUGUUCUAUGUAGAAGGAAGGGCUUAAGGAGAAAGUGCCUUUACAAAAUACUUUCCUUAGCUUUUUCAGUCUAUUUGACUGGUGGUUGUUGCUCUUUCUGUCUCUUUUGAUUUGCCCUCAUUAAAUGCUCUCAUCGUGCUUAAAAAUGGAAUUUAGAUCAGUAAUGCUUCCUUACAGGUCUCCUUCUUCCUCUCUAAACAUUGUGUCCCUCGGCACUAAAUCAGGGCAGAAUAGAAAAGCUGCCUAAGGUACACCGUGAGGAGAGUGUGCAGUGAAAACCCAGACAGAGGGAAGGAUUAAUUCAAACCUGAAAGGUCUUUGUAAGCUGGGAAGGUGUGCUGGGAAGGUGUUCAGCACAGAUAAGGAUAGGAGACCCAGGGAGGCAAAGUCUGAAGUUAGAUUUUUUUGGAAAGUUUGGUCAAAAAGAUGACAGAUGAAGCAGUAUCUGGUGGAGAGGUGUGAAAGUGGAACCCUGGCCAUGGAAGAGCAGGGAAGCUGGAGUGGAGACGAGGAGGAACGGAGGCAGUCACAGCAGAGCCUGCAAAUAACAGGGAGGUGCUGAUACCGCAAGAGAAGCUGGGCUGUGGGUCCAGUUCCCUGCUUCACCAGCAGGCAGUGGAACAAGCAUUAAUUACAUCAAAAAUACAAAAGUUUUGUGUUUUUUCUCCCUUCCCAAGUAGAGUCCACUGUUUACACUUGAAUCCUCUGAUGGACAGGUUUUGGUCAAAGACAGGAAUGAAAAAGUAAUUUGAAAAUCCAGAUUCUGUCUCUAAAACACUUCUCAAAAAAAGACGACCUUGGAACAGUAGAAGAAUGAGCUGAAAAUCUUGUGUUUCUACCCACACUGAAGGAAGACUCUCUGGAAGCUUCCUUCUUGUGCUAUUUUUGCAUUUUUCUUGUAAGCCCUUAGGGUCUCAAACUGUAGCUCUAUGUAAGAGAAAAUGAGAAAUAUAGCUGAAUAUAUCUGCCAUAAAAACAACAGGAAUGCAGAAAAAAAUGUGCCUCUGGCUAAGAGAAUCUGGAAAAAUCGAGGAGGAAGGCUACAGGGAGCUCUUUGAAAAGCAUUAUCCUGGAGAAACUGGCUGCUUAUGGCCUGGAUGGGUGCAUGCUUCACUGGAUAAAAAAGCAUGGAGAGGGCCAGACCCAGAGAGUACUGGUGAAUGGAGUCCGUUGGAGGCCAGUCACAAGUGGUGACAAAUUUCUCCAUCAAGAGAGCUCUCAAGCGUUGGAAGAGGCUGAGGCUGCCCAGCGAAGUAAUGGCAUCACCGUCCCUGGAGGGAUUGGAAUGAUGGGUAGAUGUGGUGCUUAGCAACUUGGUUUAGUGGUGGUUUUGGCAGUGUUUGGUUGAUGGUUGGACUGGAGGUCAAGUAGGCGAGAGCCAUGGUCUUAGUGGGGAGAGCCCCCCAGUGCCCCUCCCCCACCACGGCCCCCCUGGCCAGUCUUGACAUCACAAUGGUGAACCCAGCGCUGGCCUGGCAACCUCCCCAGGGCCCUGCAGGGACAGUGCUGUGCCAGCACCGAGCGAGCGUCACUGGCAGAGCCCAGCUCUUGCCCAGCGUCCUUGUGAGAGUGGUUUUUGGCACCGCGACCCCCCUUGGCAGCCUUGCGUGGGCCAGCUGGGCACUGUCAUCAGCCCCACAGCUGUGUCCCGCGUGAGGCCGUUGAGAUGGGACAGGUCAACUGCUGCCAGGGCUCCAGGGACGACCCUGAGCCCGUGGCAGCACCACCCGAGCCGCUGCACCGGCAGCGCGUGAAGGUGACCGAGGGCCGGCGGAGCAGGAAGAGGGAGCUGCUCCUCUACAGGGACACCUUGGUCAUCGCCAAGGCCAAACGUGGCAGCGCCCCGCGCCCGCAGCUCUGCCUGGCCCUGGCCAUGCUGCAGGUGCUCUGCAGCGGGAAGGGGGCAGCUGGCGAUGCCACCACGGAGGAGAAGGGCAAGGACGCCAAGUCCCUUGUCCUGCUCUGGCCCUGCGGCUCCUGCGUGGUCACCUUCUGCUCCCGGGUGGUGAAGGAGCUCUGGCUCAGCGCCCUCCUUGGGCCACCAGCAGGAGUGGAGGGAGCCCGCGUCACCCAGGUGCCCUCCAUCAAGCUCCUGCGGAAGGAGCUGAGGCGCCGCAAUGCCGCCACCACACUCCACGCCAGCAGCCUGGAGAGGCUGGUCGAGCGGCAGGCAGAGGCUGGUGCCAAGCAGCGGCCAGCUCCCGUCUCCUCUGCCAGCCAAGGCGGACCUGGCCACACAGCUGCAGGUGGGACCGGCAGCAGGAGGAGCUUUCUUCCCUGGCCAUUUGGCCGGCGAGGGAACUCGGCCGCUGCAGCAGCGCCCGGGCCGUCGGGCUCUGGCAGCAGCGGGGUUCUCUUUGGCCGGCCCCUGGCAGCUCUCUGCAGCCAGGAUGGCACCCCUCCCCAGCCCAUCCAGGACCUGCUGGCUCUUCUGCACCAGCACGGGCCAUCCACGGAGGGGAUCUUCCGGCUGGCGGCCGGCGAGCAGGCCUCCCGGCAGCUCAGGGAGGCCCUGGACUCCGGAGCGGAGGUCCACCUGGAAAGCCAGCCUGCGCACUUGCUGGCCGUCAUCUUGAAGGACUUCCUGCGCAGGAUCCCCUCCAAGCUCCUCCAGGCAGAGCUCUAUGAGGAGUGGAUCAGCGCCCUGCAGAAGGACAGCAGGCAGGAGAAGCUGGCAGCGCUCAAAGAGGUGGCCAGCAAGUUGCCCCAAAGCAACCUCCUGCUCCUCAAGCAGUUGCUGUCCUUGCUGAAAGCCAUCAGCAGCAACGUGGGCACCAGCAGGAUGAGUGCUGCCAACCUGGCCAUCUGUGUGGGGCCAAACCUGCUCAGCCCACCUGAGGAGCAGACCCUCCCCCUCGACGUCCUAGUGAAGGUGACGCAGAAGGUACGCUGUGCUUACCAGAUGGCUACAGCUUCCCGGUCCCAGCAGAGAAGCAAGGGUCCGGAGGGGGAGAGGCUCUUGGACCCGUUUUCAGCCAUGACACCAAUGGUUUGCUUUGUGCAGGUCACGCAGCUGGUCGAGUUCCUCAUUGAACACCACGAGGAACUCUUGGAGGGGGAGGAGGAGGCUGUGGUUGCCGGGGCAUCAGGCACGGAGUCAGCAGCACUGGAGGUGCCUCCAGCAGCUCCAGAAAGCGAGCACGUGCAGAGGUUGACCGAGGAGAGAAGGUUGCCAGGCUCCUCACGUUCCAGCAGAAAGCGAAAGGCAACCUUUGAAAGGGAGGGUGACGGUCAACCAGAGGUUAAGAGAAGAAAGCUGGAAAAAGAGCUCUCCGAGACGGACAACUGA